UGUUGUUACUAUUAUUAUUUAGACAGGCACAAGAUGUGGCUGUUUCUUGCAAUCCUGGUUUUCCUACAAGCACCCACGAACUCUGAAGAUGCCACCAAGCAGAAAAAGGCUCUAAAUCCCGAGGCUUCCAUGAACACUAGCCAAAUCAUCUGCUACAGAGGGUACCCCAGUGAGGAGUAUGAAGUCCUGACUCGUGACGGCUACUACAUCCACCUGAACAGAAUUCCUCAUGGAAGAGAAAAGCCUGAGAACAGAGGGGCCAGGCCAGUCGUGUUUCUCCAGCACGGAUUAUUUGGAGAAGGCAGCCACUGGGUGGAAAAUCUGGCUAACAACAGCCUUGGCUUCAUCCUAGCAGACUCUGGCUAUGACGUGUGGCUGGCAAACAGCCGGGGGACCAGCUGCUCCCAGAGACACCAGCACCUUUCAGCUGACCAGGUGGAAUUCUGGGAUUUCAGCUUCCAUGAGAUGGCAAUGUACGAUCUCCCGGCCGCCAUCGACUUUGUGCUGCAGAAGACGGGGCAGAAGCAGCUCCACUACGUUGGCUACUCCCAGGGCUGCUCAAUCGCGUUUAUUGCAUUUUCAUCCAUGCCCGAACUGGCUCAGAAAAUCAAAAUGUUUUUUGCCCUGGCUCCAGCAGCGGUACCCAAGAAUGCCAAAAGUCCACUCAUGAAGAUACUGCUCCUCCUGGACAACAAGCUCAAGAUGAUUCAACUGCUGCUGGGCAGAACGGACGCGUCCCUGCGGAUCAGGAAGCUGUGGCGCUUUCUCCCGGAGCUGUGCAGGCACACGCUGCUGCACAGGCCCUGUGCCAACCUCCUCUUCCUGAUGGGUGGCCACAACGAGAAGAACCUCAACAUGACACGGCUGGAUGUGUACACAUCCCACUAUCCAGAAGGCACCUCUGUCAAAAACAUCAUCCACUGGGCCCAGGUGAUAAAAUCUGGAGAAUUCAAAGCCUUUGACUACGGCAGCAAGAACCCAGCUGUGUACCACCAGGACACACCGCCCUUGUACCGCGUGGAGGAGAUGCCAGUGCCCACAGCGGUGUGGUCCGGAGGGCAGGACUGGGCAGCUGACCAGAGGGACGUCCUCCUGCUGCUGCCCCGCAUCUCUCACCUCGUCACCUACACCCACAUCCCCGACUGGAACCACUGGGACUUUAUCUGGGGCCUGGACGCCCCUGGGCGCCUCUACAGCAGCAUCCUGAAGCUGAUGGAGGAGUCCUGGUAGAGCGGCGGCUCCUGGGGGAGGUGCCGGUGGCCUGGCCCCUGUCCCUCAGCUGACACAGCUCAAGGAGGGGGUGGGACACUCCCUGCUGUCCCCUCCUUCCUGCUGGCCUGACACGCUUGUGGUGAUGGUGCUUUCCACUCAUCCCUUGGUUGUUGGGGUCUCUCCUCCUUGCUUGGGAGCUCCUCAAGCACCGGUGGCACCGUGCUGGGAGCAGCACCGGGGUCAGCCGAGGCACUCAGGGGAGCCACCAGCCCUGCUGGAAGGGCCCCAACAUGAUGGUGCUGACCCUGAGCUGUGCCAGGGGGAUAUGGGGACCCUGCCAUCACCCCACAGUGGCUGCCCAGUGCGUUGUGGACUAGAGCACCCAACCUAUGAGGAGGUGGGAGGGAGCUGGACCAGUUGAGUCUGGCUGUGGAGGGGACAGGCUGAGAGCAGCCCCCCCAGGUGUGGCACACAAAGGAACAGAGGAGGUGGAUGAGGCAAAACCCUUCUUGGCAGCAGCAACAGGUGAUGCAACGUGGGGUUCUGGCCCCAGAUUGCAGCCCAGGGGGAUUCAGGUUGGAUUUGGAGAAUCCUUUUUCCCCAAGACAAGUCCCCAGGGAAGUGGAAGGUCUCCGUCUGGGCCAUGCCAGGCACCUGCCUGCAUUGUUUGGGCUGGGACUCAGGGGCCAGACGUCCCCAGGAAUGUCUGCUUGGCCCAGCACCAAGACACUGGGAAUGAUCAUCCCUCACCCCAGGGAGCUGGUGACCCCAAAUGCCCAGGGCUGGCUUGCAGGACCACCGUCCCCCCAGGAAGCUGCUGCCAGGCUGAUGUCUCCAGCCCAUCCCACUGUGCUGCUCGCUGCAAACCCGGAGGUGGGGAAAAUCCCUCCAAAAUAAAUACUCAAAGAUA